GUGACGCAGACUAACAAUCUGUCAACCUUCAGGACACCAUAGAAGAUGUUUACUGGCAUCGUAGAGACUAUUGGCACUGUUGCUGCACUUGAGCAGCUUGAUCAGUCGUCCAGCGGAGGAGGCGGAACCUCACUUACUAUCGGAAAUGCUGAACCUGUUCUUGGAGACUGUCACCUUGGAGACAGCAUCAGUGUCAAUGGCACCUGCUUGACCGUGACCAGCUUUGACAAAUCCUCUUUCAAAGUUGGUGUAGCCCCCGAAACCCUGCGCCGAACGAAUCUGGGGUCCUUGAAGCAGGGCUCAACUGUGAAUUUGGAAAGAGCGGUUAGCUCUGAGACAAGAAUGGGCGGACAUUUCGUGCAAGGCCAUGUGGACACAAUAGCUACGGUCUUGUCCGUCACGCCAGAUGGCAAUGCCUUGACCUUCCGCCUACAGCCGCGAGACAAAUCCGUCCUGCGCUACAUCGUGGAAAAAGGAUAUGUCACGCUUGAUGGGGCAAGCCUUACUGUGACGAAGGUCCAAGAUGGCGCUGACGGUUGGUGGGAGGUCAUGCUCAUCGCUUACACGCAAGAGAAGAUUGUGACAGCCAGGAAGCAGGCUGGGGAGGACGUCAACGUCGAAGUUGACAUGGUGGGCAAGUACGUCGAGAAAAGUGUAGCAGGCUAUAUGGAGGAGUCGAUAGCUGGUAGUGGACCUGCGAUCCUCGAGAAGAUGAUCGAGCGCAUUGUUUCGGAGAAGUUGAAAGAAGCCAGCCCUAGCUGAGUCGAGGUCAAACCACAAUAUAGCGAAAUGAUAUAGUGCAUACCACUGUCAGGAUCGAUAACCCAGUAGAAUGAUGUUGGACACACAGCCGGACACCAAUUAAAUAUGCUGAAAACAG